UUGGAAAUAAUGUCUUUAGUGUCAAAAUGGUUGACGAAACAACCGCACGGCCGUCAAAUAUACCGAAUUUAUGGACUAGGUUACCAGAUAAUGUUUUAGAAGUGAUGUUUUCAUAUUUAGAUCUUCACGAUCUUAGAAACUGUUCAUUAGUGUGUAAAAGGUGGUAUGAAUAUUUAAAUGAUGAAAAUAAUGACGUAUGGCGGUUACAUUGUAUUGGUAAACUUGCUGAAGAAGCACUUAAAUCAGACUUAUUAUCAUCAGUUCCAACUUAUAAAGCAAAAUUACGUGCAUUUUAUCAUGCAUGGAAUCCAAAUGAUUGUUCUAGAAAUGUGUAUAUUAAACCAAAUGGAUUCACGUUACACAGAAAUCCUAUAGCUCAAAGUACGGAUUGUUCGCGAGGAAAAAUUGGAUUUAGACAAGGUAGACAUGCAUGGGAAGUGAUUUGGGAAGGUCCUUUAGGAACAGUUGCUGUAGUUGGUGUAGCUACAAAAGAUGCACCACUUCAAUGUCCUGGUUAUGUUGCGUUGUUGGGUGCUGAUGAUCAAAGUUGGGGAUGGAAUUUAGUCGAUAAUCAUUUGUUACAUAAUGGAGAUGAACAAGGCAAUUAUCCUUUAUUAAAUAAUGCUCCUAAGUAUCAGAUGGGUGAAAGAAUAAGAGUAAUUUUAGACUGCGAUGAUAAUACUUUAUCAUUUGAAAAAAAUUACGAAUUCUUAGGUGUUGCAUUUAGAGGUUUACCAAAAAAGAAGUUAUACCCAACAGUAUCAGCGGUGUAUGGAAAUACGGAAGUUUCAAUGGUUUACUUAGGACAUCCACUUGAUGGCUAACAGUGUUUGCAAUAAAAGAAUUAUGUACAUAAGUAGGUGUACAGAACUCAAAACAAAAAGUAUUUGUUUAUAAGAAGAUGAACGAAUCAUGUAUGAUGGAACAACGGAAGGGUGUAACACAAGAUAGAUGUAUGUGUUAUAAAGGUUGUGGUGGUUGGUAUGCCAAUUGUGAUAUAAAAUCAUGUGUACAUAUUAUUUUAGAAAGCAACAUUUAAUAAUAUUCGUUAAAAUUUUCUACUCGUUGAAAACACAAAGAAUAAAAACGUUUACUCGUUAUCAGUUCACACCGUUGUGUGCGGACUCUCUCGAUUCAAACAAUAAAAAAAACAUUUUUUCUAUUCAGUCAAGCAUAUUCAAAUUGUCCAUUUUCUAAUAUUUCUGUUGCACAUUUGCCCUAUUAUAUUAUUAUUUUUUUGGCGAGGGUAAGAAUUCACACUUCAAUUGAGAUUAAGAGUGCAUCUUGUGAAUAAAUAGCUUAUGGCAAUAUCUAUCGUAAUAAAAUGCGGAUGAAAGUGAAACGACGUUUAGGAUUUGUGAAAGUUUAACGAUGAUUGGUUUUGUGACCAAAAACAGCAUGAAGUGGUGUCGACCCUAUUAUAUUUUUUGUGGAUUAGUUUUUGUGA